CGCAGUAGCGGCCGCUCGGUCCCCUCCGCAGACCUUGGUUCUUGCUCGCUGGGCCGGGUAGGGGGCACGGGUGAGGGUGAAGACACCCCCGAGGGAGGGAACCUGCACAGCCGAGACUGUGGUACAGACCUCCAUGAGCCGGUCUCAGGUGGCCCUGCUGGGCCUGGGCCUGCUGCUCAUGCUGCUACUGUACGUGGGGCUGCCGGGUCCCCCUGAGCAGACCUCCUGGCUCUGGGGAGACCCCAAUGUCACAAUCCUGGCUGGUCUCACCCCUGGCAACUCCCCCAUCUUUUACCGUGAGGUGCUUCCACUCCACCCGGCACGCAGGGUGGAGGUGGUGCUGCUCCAUGGAAAGGCCUUUAACUCCCACACGUGGGAGCAGCUGGGCACACUGCAGCUACUGUCACAGAGGGGCUACCGGGCCGUGGCCCUUGACCUCCCAGGUUUUGGGAACUCAGCACCUUCGGAGGAGGCCAGCACAGAGGCUGGGCGGGCGGAGCUCCUGCAGCGAGUGCUGCAGGACCUGGAGGUGCACAAUGCUGUGUUGGUGAGCCCAUCAUUGAGCGGCCGCUAUGCCCUGCCUUUCCUGAUGCGAGGUCACCACCAGCUGCGUGGAUUUGUGCCCAUCGCACCUGCCUCCACUCAGAACUAUACCCAGGAGCAGUUCUGGGCAGUGAAGACCCCAACCCUUAUCCUUUAUGGGGAACUGGACCGCAUCCUGGCACGGGAGUCGCUGCGUCAGCUCCGCCACCUGCCUAAUCACUCCGUGGUGAAGCUGCGUGACGCGGGCCAUGCCUGCUACCUCCACAAGCCACAAGACUUCCACCUUGUCCUCCUUACCUUCCUUGACCAUCUGCCUUGAACUCACCAACUGCCCAGGCCCCAGGCAGGGCCUGAACUUGGAGGAUCUGGGCUGGCCCCCAACCAAGGCGGCAACCCCUGGGAUUGGAGGCCAGAGUGCCAGGCCCAGUAAAGACCUCUCAUUUCAUCUGACUGGCACAAUAAAAAAGCAUAUUUGUCUUG